UUUUAUUUUGUGUAGGAAAGAGUAUUUAUUUUGAUGGCCGGCCUUCUUUCUUCAUUUUCCCAUUUUUCCCACUUCCUUUAGUUCGUUCUCGUGACCCACUCUCCGCCUACAUAAAUAAACUUACCCCCACUGAAUGAAUUCCACCAUUAAAAUCAAUCAAAAGCUCUCCUUCUUCUCUAUCAUGUCCUCCCUCCCAUCAUCUCUCCAUCUCUGCAUCUUAAUCGGCGGCCGGUAAAGAGACAAUGAGGUCCCAUCAGCCUCGGAACGGCGUUGUAGACACCCCUUCGCCGGGGCCGAGAUUCCAACCCCCGUUCCACUCCACCGUCUCCGUCCAGAAGCUUCGCCGCGUCAACCUCAUCAUGCUCGUCUUCCGCUUCGGAGCUUUCUGCUUCUCACUAGCCGCAGCCAUUUUCAUGUUCUCGAACUCAUCCGGUUCCCCUAGUUGGCACGAAUUCGGCGCAUUCAGAUUUGUGGCGGUUGCGAGCGGAAUUGUGGCCGCGUAUUCGCUCUUCGAAGUCGGAGCUUCCGUUUGGGAAAUCGCCAGAGCCACCACCGUCUUCCCGGAACCGAUCCAAGUCUGGUUCGAUUUCGGCCACGAUCAGGUCUUCGCCUACAUGUCACUCUCGGCGGGAGCGGCCGGCGCGGCGUUCGCCCGGACGUUGAGGAGCUCGGGGACGUGUACGGACAACAAUGCGUUCUGCAUCCAGUCCUACAUCUCGAUCGGGUUAGGAUUUGCCGGGUUCGUUUUCCUGGGCCUCUCGUCCUUGCUGUCGGGUUAUCGGGUUGUCUGUUUCGCAAUAUACGGGUCGCGAUAUCCUCAUUGAGAUGAGUUUGUGGGCCUGGUUUCUAUUUCGUGGACCCAGGCCCAUCAACAGGUUAUCAUUCUUAAUGCUAGACGGAUCAGUGGUUGGCCAAACCGCGUCAUGUGGCGAAAUGGGCCCGCGAAAUGAACCGAGUUUGAAAACGACAAGUAUUUGUGAUUAGAAUAAAUGUUGUGAUGAUUGUGAAACAAAUGGAGCAUUAUUAUUGGCUAGAGAGUGUACUGGUUAGCUGUUUAAUUAAAACUGUACGCAAGCAUUGACAGAAUUAGUUCCCAUCAUGUGUUGUACUGCAACUGUUUCAUUCUUCAUCCGUAUUACUCCCUCUGUCCACCAUAAAUCUUCCUAGAUACU